AUGGCACACAAUGACCCUCUUCAUCUGGCCGGAAUGGGGUCACACCCCCGUUCGCUCGACACACACUACUCAAAUGUCCCUUCUCGAGAAGCGACUUACACUCUUGCUGGACCACGAUCGACGGCAGUGGAUCUGCCCUACAUCCGAAGCCGAGAGCCGACUUCGCCGAUGCUAGAGGCGUCGCAUACCAGAAGCAGAGAUCAAGGAACCUUUGUUAGUCAGGAAUAUCAGGACUACAACCCAAAGUAUGCGGAACCCAGCAACAAGCCCAUAUGGGGACUUGCCGCUCCUCUCCCACGCGUCAAGCGCCCUGUUAUCCGGCCUCGUCAUGGCACGCGAAAGAGCAAGGAGCAGACCAAACGGCCGGAUUCUGAGCGUCAACCAACCAAUCAAUCAGUGCAGCCUCCAGCCCCAGCAGGAACUGAAGCUGCUCCACAAAUCGAAAACACGCCCUCUAGGAACGAAAGCGAGCAUGAACAGUUGCACGAACACCCGAGCAGGCAUGCUCACAGACCUGCUCGUGAGCAGGACCUUUUGAGACGAGCCACAACCGCUCGUGCCUCCACUUACCAGCCUGAAGAUGUACCUCCCCGUGAACCUUUUCAGCCUGAAGGUGCUGUCAGCACUGGACCUUCCCGCCAAGGCCAGGAACUUGAAGCCCAGCACAUCAGUGCACGCGACCAGGACAAGGCCCAUCUCGCGUCGAGUCACGAUCGAACACAAGAUGAGCGCGCAACUGGUGGUGCGGUCUUGCAACGGCAAACAACAGGCUCAACCGUGCAGGAUUUUGGGCAAGAACACGAGCCGCCGGUGGGCCAGGUGACCAGUGAGGUCGAGAUUGAUUCGGCCAGAAGACGCAUGCAAGCCAUAGCAGAUACCGCAGAUAAUGUGAGCGAUCUACGAUAUGGCACCCCGAACAUUGACUGGGAGGAGUAUCAAAAGGACGAGCUCGAACCUCAACAUUCUCAGAACGAAGAGCCAAAGGAUCCGGACUACUUCAAUUGGUGGGGACCGAUACGGCAGAGAUUCCGGCAACCAUUGGCAGAAUAUCUGGGUACGUUGGUGCUUAUGAUUAUCGGUCUGUGUGGUAGCAUCGUACACAUGACCUCUGAGGACGACUAUGGAAACUUGCUGAGCGCAUAUUUGUCUUGGGGUUUUGGAGUCAUGAUUGGAAUCUACAUCGCGGGUGGGAUUUCUGGUGCCCAUCUCAACCCGGCCUUGUCAAUACUGCUGUCUAUCUUCCGUGGCUUCCCGUGGUCUUUGUGCUGGCAAUAUAUCGUCGCACAAAUGAUGGGCGCUAUUACAGCCUCGGGGAUUGUGUACGGAUUAUACAAAGACGCCAUCGAAGACUACGCGGCUGCAGACAAAAGCCGUGCCGGGCCGGCCUUCUGGACAAAGCCUCGUGAUGGGCUGAGCAAUGCCUCUGCCUUUUUCACUGAGUUUGCAGCCACAGGAAUCCUGGCGGGUUCUGUUCUCGCCCUGGGAGACGAUAGUAACGCCCCACCAGGGGCCGGUAUGCACGCAUUCAUUAUAGGACUUCUGAUAACAGCCCUGUGCAUGGCCUUCUCCUACAACACCGGAACCUGUCUCAAUCCAGCACGAGAUUUUGGCCCCAGACUCAUAACAUGGGCAGCUGGGUUUGGGACCGAAGUCUUCACCUUGCAUAAUUGGUGGUGGAUCUGGGGACCUUGGCUAGGCACCUUGAGCGGAGGUAUCACGGGAGCCUUGAUCUACGACGUUUUCAUAUUCAACGGCGGAGAGUCACCCAUCAACUAUCCCUCGGGCGAGUUGAGGGAGCGCAUCCAUUCAUGGAACGAGAUAAGAAUGAAGUCAAAGAUGGGCAGGGGUAAAGACGCCAUCAACGCCAUGAACAAGGAGAUCGAGCAGAUUGCCUGA